UUUUGAGUGAACUUUAAUCAUGCAGUUUUUAUACUUCUUUUGUUUAAUGACAUGUUUUGAUGUUACAAUUGGCAGUUGCUAUCGACAAACUGAUAUUACUCAGGAUCUUCUAGAUAUGUUGAAGAAGAUGACAAACGGAAAGCCAAACGUAGAUUCUAAGUCGAGACCGGUAUUUUUUGCUUCACUUACAACACGCCCUACAGCUGUGAAAAUAAACGAAAUUGUUAAGUUUGAUGAUGUCAGAGUUAAUAGGGUCAAUGGUUAUCAGCCAUCAACAGGCAUCUUCACAGCACCAAUGUCUGGUCUAUAUGCUUUCAAUGCCAUAUUGUAUGCAGAGACAGGAAAUAAAUUUGGAUACCAAUUGAAUAAAAAUGAUCGUAUGUAUGUUAACGGAUACACAUCUGACGCUAAUUAUGGAUCCCAAACUACAAGCGUGAUAAUCGAACUGAAAAAAGGGGACCAGGUGUAUAUCAAACAUAGACAUCGGAACACAGAAAACAUUGCCGGUCAUCAGUAUUCUUAUUUUUCCGGAUACUUUUUACAUGAAUAAAGAUGACUG